AUGCCGCUGCAAGCUGCAUGCUUGCAGCCUGUUCCAAGGCCCUUGGUUGCAAACUGGGCCUUAGCCUCCAUCUUCCGAUCUGCGGAGGCCUCCGUGCAGCACGUGCACAAUGGCAUUCCAAGCACCUUGAGCAUCAUGUCGUUUCUUUCUGCCGUCGGUGUGUUAGUCCGCGAAUAUUGUGGACAACUUGGCGCUGGCCCCAGCAAAUGUCUAGUCAUCCGUCCAGCCUUGGACAGUGGACAGCAACUAUCAGAGACAGGAGUUCGACAGUUUCUCAGGGACUUGACUGGCAGGUGCUCUGUAUGCUUCUCGCUGGGGUUGCCCUGUCCAAGCGCCCAAGUGCUGGGAGCAACUGGUCCGGCCACUCUCCUGCCCCUGCAGCGCAAGCUGCUCCGGCGUUUGGCGUUCGAUGCCGGGGACAUCCGUGGCGGCCUCCCUUUGGCACGGCUAUCUGUGAGCAAGGCCAUUCGGCAGCAACUCCCAUGCUUGCAAGAGGUGUUGCUGGAUGUGGCAGAGCUGCUAAACCUGCGGGCGUAUGCGAGGACUUACGUAUCUUCUCGCCCAAGUGCUCUGGCUGAGCUCGAGGAGGCCCUGAGCAGCGCAUCUCAAGCACUGGAUAUUGAUCAAGAUCCUCAAGGCGGCGGAGAGCUUGUACCUCUCUGGGGCCUGCCGCGGGCUCGGCUGAUGUUGGCGAGGACGUUGAGCUCGGCGGCCCACAGCCUGGCCCUCUGCAACAUGCAAGGGGCGAGGCGCGAGCGCAUGCUUGCGCAGUGGACCAGUCCGGAUGAGAUGUUCAAGCUGGCGCAGCACCAGAUCCAGGUCGCGAUCUCGGAGGUCAGUUCCGGCGAGCAUGCGCUUUUUUGGCAAGGCAUCUUGUAUGCUGCCAUGGGCGAGUCUUUCUUUUGCCAGGCAGUGGUGCGAGAAGACUCGACGGAAGUUGUGCAGCGGUCCUUGACAACCUUUCAGAACUCUCUUCGAUGUUUCCAGUUGGCCGGAAGGACGAACAGCCUGCAGUACGCCGAUGCUCUAAAGGAUUAUGGGAAGGUGCUCUGUGGCGUGGACCCGGCAGCAGGUGAGCGUGCGCUGAGGGCAUCUCUUCACAUCCUUCGGCGAUCCUUGGGAAGUGGACAUCCCUGCACACGCAAUGUGUGCCGCUUGCUAGACAGGGCUGACACCGACAGCACUUCCAUGGAGUCGGCUGGCAAUGAACAUGCACAGACAUAG